CAAAAUGUCAGCGCCCAUGUUUGAAAAUUUCAGAAAAGAAUCUGUUUUGUUAUUUGAGGACUAGAUCUGUCGAACGAUCGAAGAAUUGUGUCAUUGGAUAAUGGUUAUAUAGGAUGGCAUCUAAUGAAAGCGACGAAGAUGAUUAUAUGUCUGACGCUUUCCUGACAAAAUGUGAGGAUGUUCGACCUGGUUUAGUUCAUUCUAAAAAGACGUCCAGACAAAAUGAAAUUGAAAAGAAACAGAAGGAAAAGCAAAAAUUUAUAAAAGAAACUUAUAAACCAAAGAAAGUCCUUGAACAUGAGAAAAGAGAGGAGGGACUCAACAGUGCAAUAAGCUCAGAGAAUAAGGGGUUUGCUCUCUUACAGAAAAUGGGAUACAAACCUGGACAAGCCAUUGGCAAACAAGGCCAAGGUAGAACAGAACCAGUCCCAGUAGUGUUAAAGCUAGAUGGUAGAGGGGGUCUCGGUAAAGUUGCAGAUCAAAAACGACGACAAGAAGCUGUAGACAAAUUCCGUUCUCACCUUCAACAGAAACGACAAAAAAUGAAUGAGCAACUGAAAACAGACUUUGUAAAUACUAUGAGUAGUAGAAAGAAAGCUGCAAAUAUUGAAAGAGAUUUAUAUAAAAGUCAGAAAGUGUGCCAUCAUCUGGAUAGUGAUCAGAACUUAGAAUCUCCAAAAGAACUUUAUUUCUGGCCCAAGCAAGUCUUUCAAACAAAUCAAGAUGAAGAGGAGGAAACAGAUGAGGAAACAGAUGAGGAAAAUGAAGAGGAUACUUUAGAGUCAUGGGAAAAGCUUGAGGUUCUGACGAACUACCUGAGAACUCAGCAUAUCUACUGUGUAUGGUGUGGCACUCGCUUUGAAGAUAGUUCCGAUCUGGCACAGAAUUGUCCUGGUAGCACAUCAGAAGAUCAUGAUGAAUGAGAACACUGAUAUGACAUCUGGUUCCACAGAUCGUUCAAGUUAGACAUCUCAACUAUGAAACCUACGAAUAUGGUUGGUGUUAGAAUGCAGACAGUGUAUAGAUCAGGGAUGACAAACAGGGUGGUCCAUUGACAUUCUAAGGGACCUCUAUGCUCU